AUGGCAAACCGCAGCCGCUCUUGGAUCGCUAGCUUGCAUGGAGCUGCUAUCAAGGAUGCCUCAUUGUUGCAGAUUGUUUGCUUCGGUUGUUCUUCAGCCCUUGUAAUGUCGCACAGUGAUGUAGAAGAAGGAGCAAGAGCUGGUGGCAAACCUCUGAUUUACGACUUCGCAUAUUCAAGAGGACAACUUAAGCCCCUGUUCAGGCAUUAA